CCUCUUUCUCUCUUCUUCCCACUUCACCAAACCAGUUACAAAACAGAAAAAAAUGAAGAGAAAUUAUUAUACCCUUUCUCUGCCUUUCCUUCUCCUCUUUGCGUUCUUGAUGCUGUCUUCUUCCUUCUUCUCCCACUCUGCAUCGGCUCGUCUCCUCCUUGACGCAACAGCUUCAUCACAGACCAAAGGGAGUAGUGAUGGCGGUGAGACGGAGCUGGUGAGCAUGGAAGAUAAUCAAAAGGCUGCUGCGGCGGCGGCGGCUGGUGAUCACUUUGCUUCACUUAAAGAAGAAGAUUUUUCCACGCUGAUGGGGGCAGAGGAAAUGGAGAAGGCGGAGGGAGUUUGUGAAGAGAAGGAUGAGGACCUGAAGAGAAGGAUGGUUGUAGAGGCUCACUUGGAUUACAUCUACACUCAACACCACAAGAACCCUUGAAAAUUAAUGAAGAAACAUAAUUAAUUUUGAUGGCUUCCUAUUUUUUGGUUUGCUUUUUUUUGGCCCCUAAUUAAACCGAUGUUCAUGGUUCUAACCAGUUUGCAUAAUACAUGGAGCUUAGUAUUAUUAUUAAAAGCUAUAUAUAAAACAUGUGUGUUCAUAAAUUCUUAUUAAUAAGAAAUAUGGAUCUCUUACAU